AUGUAUAUAAAUGCAUGUAGCGCGUUGACACGCUACAGAGCAGUGAUCAGUGGCUAUAGCAAGUCAGCAGCCCCCUCGGACUAUCACGACCCACGUACGUCCUGGACACGGAAGCCUUCGGAACCCUCAACCGGACACAUACUACAGCGCUUUUCAGUUAUCAGUACUAGCAGGGCCCCUCGGGCCAUUGGCCCGUACAGUCAAGCUGUGAUUGUAGGUGGUACAAUGUACAUUUCUGGACAACUUGGCUUGUUACCAACCACCAUGGACUUCCCUUCCGAAGAUGUUGAACUCCAAACACAUCAGGUUUUCACCAACUUGAAGGCCAUUUUAGAAGAAGCAGGUCUUACACUAAAAGAUGUAGUUAAGACCACAGUAUUGUUGUCGUCUAUGAAUGAUUUCGCCAAGGUCAAUGCGAUCUACGCAGAAUACAGAUUUCAAAGAGCCGUUUCCAGCUCGGUCGACUUUCGAAGUGGCUUGUCUUCCAAAGCCUACUCACUUGGGAUACUGGAUAAUCGUCACCUCGUUGCUCGAUACAGGUGGCGUAAACUGGCAGAAAACAUUUUUCGGAGGCCCUCAAAAUCACUGGAGUAUGCCGUUCUAGCACUUGAGUUAGAUCCUGUCGGUCUUGAGUUAUUCGAAAUAUCAGCACUUUCCUCGGGAUCCCAAGAAUCCCGCGAUGAAGAUCAAGAGACCACGUGGAUAGCAAUUAAGCCAGUCAGCUAUCAUUCAUCUCAUUCUUCUCACCCGAGUAAGCCAUCAGACACUGGGACCAUACAUCUACGAGUUUAUACUUCGCUGUCUGAUGGUGACACUGUGAAGAGUCGUAUACACACACUCGGGGGAUUCGACAACACCGGCAAUGUUCGUCUUUGGCCUUGCGAGUUAAUUUUAACCCACGCGAUGCUGUGUCCCGAUAUGUACCCCGGUGUGUGGAUUCGCAUCACGAGCUCUCAGCAAUCUAUCAAAAAUAUCUGCGAACUGGGCGCAGGUAUGACUGGCUCAGGUGCUCUGGCUGCUUCCUUAUCGCCGUGCCUGUGCUCCGAGUUCGUUCUGUUAACCGAUGGGAAUGUGAGGUGCGUUGAUUCUCUUCAACGAAACAUUGAACAUCAUGUGGCACGACUUUCCAAAUUGAAUAUUCAAACGCAGCUGGAGGCUUAUAGACUGUUUUGGUCAGAUAAGCAAGACCGUGCCACAGCAGAACUACCGCACCGUUUUCGACACUCUUUCCAACUUGUCAUGGCAUCAGAUUGUUUCUUUCACACUACGGAACACACUGGAUUGUUGAGCCUCGUUGACGCACUUUUGGCCGUUGAUUCACACGCCUUGUUUAUAGCCAUCGCUCCUUUGCGCGGAAAAACUCUACAACACUUUGUGGAUCGUGCUGCACUUGACCAUAAUUGGCAAGUUGCACUUCUCAGCCCGAGAGAGUAUAUGGCAUCAGGCUUGUACGAGAGCAUUCUUAAUAAGUGGUCAGGGAAGGAAGAGCAUCUUUUAGACAAAUCUCUCGGCCACCUUAUCAUUUUGCAGAGACAUUCCGUCCAGAAACUCUAACAUGUCGAAGGAGCCUAGCACUCUUUAAUAUCCUCACACAUCUGCUACUGUUGUGUAUUUCGUACCGUUUAUUAGAAAUAAAC